UUUUUUUAAAAUAAUUUUUCGGAUCAAAUUUUAUUUAAAAAAAAAAUUGUCAAGUGACUGGUAACUUUAAUGUCAUGUAGAUGGAAGGAAUCGGGGAGCACCACACCGAAUUAGUCGACUCUCCGGAUGGGAAUUGCGGGGACCUCGGUGAUGCAACCGAAACUGUCAUUAUCAACAUCACCAGACGGCACAAUAAUAAUAAUCACAAUAAUAACAACCACCACCACAACAACAACAAUAACUACAAUAACAAUCACCAGCAGCACGAAGCGACUCGCGGCGGCGUCGUCAGUAACUCGGGAGUUGGGACAGAAAGUGGGGGAGAAAGUGGAAACUCGGGUAUGUCGUCCUCGGCAUCACAAAGUCCGGACAUCGGGUGCGCGAGCAUCCCUCUGGAACUACUCGCGGGCGGCGCGCUCGGCGUCAAGGAGGAACGAGACCUCGCGGGCGCUGAGGAUUUGUCUUCGUCGCAGGAGCCACCGGGUAGGCCUCACGCGAGGGAGAGUCUGUCGGUGAUAGUGCCGCCCCAGGACGUUGACUGUGAUUCUCGGGACGGUGACUCGGAGUUAUUGAGUCCGGGGAAGUUGACGCCGACAUCCGGCAUAAGUGUUUCCGUCGCGAGCAUGAUUGACGCGACGGACUUCAGGUCGAUGCAGCCGGAGCCGACCUACCAGACGCUGACCUCAGUUGCUGAGAGGAUGUCGCCUCCAGGAUUUUCACCGGGGUCCUCUUACGCUACCCUGACCCCGCUCCAGCCCCUGCCGCCGAUUUCUACCAUGAGUGACAAGUUUGUGUACGGCGGUCACGCGGCCGGCGGAGUCUCCGGGAGCUUCGCGGUGAUGCAGAACAACGGCCUCGGGAACAUCGGCCUCGGGAUGGGCAGCUCGCCCUACACCUACGACAAGCUCCCGCCGAUGGGAAUGUCCCCGCCGCACAACUACCCAUCGCCGGGAGCUGGACUCCAGCCGAGUCCUCUGUCUCCUCAGAGCGCGUACAGCCAAAGCGGACUCAAUUCUCCGCACAAAUCCGCGAGUCCGCACUACGAGCCGGCUUUUCUCCCCAGGCUCCAGCAGAGUCCAGCGGCUCUUAGUCCGCCCUCGCCUCCGGUUUCGGCGGCCACCAGUUUUGCUCCCUCGCAUCACUCGCCUCCGACGCUGACGGUACCCGCGGCCUCGCCGCCGCCGAUCCAGCAACAGCAGAUCCAGCAGCAGCAGCAGAAUAUACAGCAGACGAUAUCUCAUAGUCAUGUUCAGCACACUUCUGUGGUGAUGAAAACGGUCUCAGCGGCUGGAAAUGGAGCUACUGAGGUUGAAGAGAUCAACACUAAGGAACUUGCUCAGAGGAUCAGUGCUGAGUUGAAGCGCUACAGUAUUCCCCAGGCUAUUUUUGCUCAGAGGGUGCUGUGUCGCAGUCAGGGGACUCUUAGUGAUCUUCUGAGGAAUCCAAAACCCUGGUCCAAGCUCAAGAGCGGCAGGGAGACUUUCAGGAGGAUGUGGAAGUGGCUUCAGGAGCCAGAGUUUCAGAGAAUGUCGGCUUUAAGGAUCGCAGCCCUGAGCAACUGCUCUGAGAGCGGAGGUGACCCGGAUGGCAUGCUGGAUAUCCACCACCCAGGAUCAGGAAUCGAGACUCAUCAUCAACAGUUUCACAACUCAUAUGCUGCACAGAUUCCACAACGAGGAACAUGCAAGAGGAAAGACGAGAUGUCGAGUCAAGCAGAACAUCAGCAGCCCGCGCCCAAGAAACCGCGGUUGGUUUUCACAGACCUUCAGCGCCGUACUCUACAGGCUAUUUUUAAGGAAACAAAAAGGCCAUCAAAAGAAAUGCAAGUGACAAUCGCGCGGCAGUUGGGUCUUGAACCCACGACCGUCGGUAAUUUCUUUAUGAACGCAAGACGCCGAUCCAUGGACAAAUGGAAAGACGAAGAUCCAAAGAAUCCAGGUGUUGAUGAAGAUCAAUUGUCACCGAGCCUCGGUUUAAGUUCACGUCAAGCGAACGAUGUUUUGUGACAUACGUCCGACCACGAGGAAUACCAUGACGAGUCACCCGAGGAGGAUUUGCCCUUCCCGUAAAUUUCAAAUAUUAUAAUAAUAAUAAAUAUUUAAAAUUUCUGUCCGUAAUACGUAUAUACAUUUUUAUAUAUAAUACUUAAUAUUAUACCAGAAGCCAGAAGCUAUAAACUAGCAGUACGUCAGUGGUUUGACAACCCAAAGAAAUAUAACACGCGAUUACGAUCGAUAUACGUACCUUGUAAGACACUUUAUGUGCUUACAAUUUUUUUUUAUCACAACAUACCGAGACUUUGAGUGUUUGUUUAUUAUUAAUUCAUUGGGCUUUACGUGAUUCUUUUGUUCUUUAAUACAUAUACGUAAUACGUUAUACGUAAUCUAAUAUAAAAUACUUUAUUACUUAAUAUCCUACUUAUUUUUUUAUUGUUGUAAUUAUUAUCAUUAUUAUUAUUUUUUAGUACUUAACGAUUAGUAUUUCUUGGUGCCAUUGUUUGCCAUCGUAUUACUACUUUUAAUUAUUUAUUUUAAACUUAGUUUUUUUUACCAAUUUCGUCUAGUCGGUAAGUCAUGAUGGUCUAGUCAAUGAUUUUUUUUUUUUUUUUUUUUUUUAAAUUUAAAUUGUU